CCUUUGACCUCUCCGGUCCUGGCUCUCCACCUGCUCUGCUGCCUGGGUUCCGGAACGCUCCGCCCUGGGGCCCAGAACGAGCCAAUCAGAAUGAAGAAGAGCCGCAGUGUGCUGUCUGUGACUGGAGAAGAGGGUAAUGGCACAGAUAUAACAGGUGCUGGGGAAAAGGCGGAGUCAUCUCGCUACAGCCGAUCUUAUACGUCUGGGGCCACACUGGGGGCUGAGCUACGCAGAGGGAGGAGCAGAAGACUCUCGUCUAGUCUCCAGGUACCCUGCUGGCUCCGCCCUCGAGACCGCACUCGUUCACCAGAGGUCCUGAACAAUGUGUCGCGUCCAACGACUCUUCCCCUCCGCAUCCCACCACGCAUCUCCAUCACACAAGCAGACACUGACAGUUAUGAAGCAGAAAAUGGCGUGUCACCAGGUCACACCCCACUGGGUUCGCAGAGUCCAGGCCUCACCCUGCACACCCCCUUUGCCCAGGGCCAGAGAAGAGAGUCCUUCCUCUACCGUUCCGACUCGGACUACGACAUGUCGCCCAAGACGGUCUCGCGUAACUCCUCCCUUGCCAGCGAAGGGCACACAGGAGAGGACUUUAUUGUCACACCUUUUGCUCAAGUACUGGCCAGUCUGCGAUCAGUACGGAGCAACUUCACCAUUCUUGCCAAUGUCUCCACACCAACAGUCAAGAGGUCUCCUCUGGGUGGAGUGUGUGUCAGUCCCAGGGCGUCACUAUCAGACCAGCAGUACCAGCAGCUCGCCCUGGACACACUGGAGGAGCUGGACUGGUGCUUGGACCAGCUGGAGACCAUUCAGACACACCGCUCUGUCAGCGAAAUGGCCUCCAACAAGUUUAAGAGGAUGCUAAAUAGAGAGCUGUCCCACCUGUCAGAGAUGAGUCGUUCUGGUAACCAGGUGUCUGAAUACAUCUCCAGCACCUUCAUGGACAAGCAGAACGAGGUGGAAAUCCCGUCUCCAACUCUGAAAGACAAAUCUAUGAGUCACAUCAGUGGAGUAAGGAAACUGUCUCACAGCUCCAGCCUCUCCAGCACUUCAAUGCCUCGCUUCGGUGUCAACACAGACCACGAGGAUGAGCUUGCCAAGGAGAUCGAGGAUCUGGACAAGUGGAGUUUUAACAUAUUCAGAGUAGCAGAAUUCUCCAACAACAGACCUCUCAGCUGCAUCAUGUAUACCAUCUUCCAGGAGCGAGAGCUGUUGAAGACGUUUCGUAUCCCAGUCGAUACCUUUGUCACUUAUGUGAUGACCCUGGAGGACCAUUACCAUGGAAACGUAGCGUACCACAACAGCCUCCAUGCUGCAGAUGUCACCCAGUCCACACAUGUCCUCCUCUCCACACCUGCUCUUGAUGCCGUCUUCACUGACCUGGAGAUCCUCGCCGCUCUGUUCGCUGCAGCUAUCCAUGAUGUAGACCACCCCGGAGUUUCCAAUCAGUUCCUCAUCAACACCAACUCGGAGCUGGCCCUCAUGUAUAACGAUGAGUCAGUUUUGGAGAACCACCACCUCGCUGUGGGCUUCAAGCUUCUGCACCAGGAAAACUGUGACAUCUUCCAGAACCUCACCAAGCGACAGCGCCAGAGCCUUCGCAAGCUCGUCAUCGAUAUGGUGUUGGCCACAGACAUGUCCAAACACAUGACCCUACUGGCUGACCUGAAGACCAUGGUGGAGACCAAGAAGGUGACCAGCUCUGGUGUGCUGCUCCUGGACCACUAUACAGAACGGAUACAGGUGCUGAGGAACAUGGUGCACUGUGCAGACCUGAGCAACCCCACCAAGGCGUUGCCGUUAUACAGACAGUGGACAGAGAGGAUCAUGGAGGAGUUCUUUCGACAGGGUGACAAAGAGCGAGAGAGAGGGAUGGAGAUUAGCGCCAUGUGCGACAAACACACUGCUUCUGUGGAGAAGAGUCAGGUGGGUUUCAUCGACUACAUUGUCCACCCGCUGUGGGAAACGUGGGCUGACCUGGUGCACCCAGAUGCCCAGGAGCUGCUGGACACACUGGAGGAGAACAGGGAGUGGUAUCUGAGCACGAUGCCCCAGUCUCCCUCACCUCCCCCGGACAGACACCUACAGCAUGACCGCUUCCAGUUCGAACUCACCCUGGAGGACCUGGAGCAAAACAACCACAACCACAUACACCUGAGAAACAGCAGCCAGACAGACAUCUACAAUGACAGCAGUGAAGACCUAACACAGGACGGCCAGGCGGAGCUGAAAGGCGAGGAACAGAACCAUGUAGAAACUGAAAAAGAAGACGAGGAGAAUCACAACAGCGAACACAACGGAGUCGGAGAUGAAGAGGAGGAGGAAGCUACAGAAAGAGAGGAUGAAGAAGAGGAGGAGGAGGAACAUGGAGAGGACCAAGUAGAAGAAGGAGGGCAGACAGAUGAAACAGAAAGAGGAGAGGAAGUGAACUAUGCAGUAGAGGAUGAGGAGACUAAAGAAGAGGAAGAUGAGAAUGAGCAAAAUCAGGAAGAAGAACAAGAGCAGGAAGAGGGUGAUGAAGAAGGGGAAAAAGAUGAAGAAGAAGGCAAUGAAGAAGGGGAAAAAGAUGAAGAAGGCGGCGAGGAAGGUGCAGAAAAGGAUGAAGAGGAAAUCGAGGAAGGUGCAGAAAAGGAGGAAGGCGAAGAAGGUGCAGAAAAGGAUGAAGAGGAAGGUGCAGAAAAUGAUGAAGAGGAAGUCGAGGAAGGUGCAGAAAAUGAUGAAGAGGAAGGCGAGGAAGGUGCCGAAAAGGAUGAAGAGAAAAGCGAGGAAGGUGCAGAAAAUGAGGAAGCAGAAGGUGAGGAAAUUUUGGAGGUAGAAGGGGAAUUAGAGGGAGAAAAAGAAGGUGAGGGGGAAGAGGAAAUUGAAAAUGUGGAGGGAGAGAUAGAGGAGAAAGACGAAGAUGAGGCAGAAGAGAUGGAGGAAAAUGUAGAACAAGAGGAGGGUGAGACAGAGGAGAAAGUGGAGGAGGAGGAGGCAGAAAUGGAGGAUAAAGUAGAGGAGGAGGAAGUAGAAGAUGUCGAAGAGGAACAGUUGGAAGAAGCAGAAGAGGAGGCGGCACCAGUUGAGGAUGAAAAGGAGGAGGAAGAAGAAGAGGAAGAGGAAAGUUAGUUGGGGCUAAAAACAUGACUUAACUGGGUCAGUGAGGAAAGGUUAAGAAGAGAUAAAGUACAUAAAUCGAGCCAUAAAGGCUUCAACAGUCAGCAGUAUGACUGUCAUAGAAGAGGAUGAAGAGCUGAAGACGCCCUUCUUUGCUCUGAUUACUUUAUCAUGUGACCCUCUCAGCUGAAGGCCAGUGUAUGCGCAACUACAGACGUCUUAAACAGAGAAACAUGACGGACAGUACAGCACCGGACACAAAUGCAAAACCUACGCCUUCCCGAACAGCCAGAUUGUUGCAACAUCUUGAUCAACUGGUAGUGAUUGAAAGACCAGAGUCUUCAUCACCGAGUAUCUGUACAUCCAUCACUGCCGUAGGGAAUAAACUGGGGAUAAUGGGGAGGGGGGGGGGACCUUUUGUAGCUCCUAAAAAUCUAAAAAACCUGAAAUACGUACAUGCAAAUAAGUGCUACCCAUGAUCUCUCUGUCACUGUCUCGUUUAUGAGGAAGAUAACACCACACACACCCCGACCAACAACUGUUAAAAGAAUGUCAACUUCCUCUGUUUGUCAGAAAAGAGAAAAAAAAUAAUGCAAAACGUCUGGAAAGUGUAGUUUGUCGUCUUAUAUUUACUACAAGCACUUUCCACUUGUGAACAGGAUGCUGAGAAGACCUUUGGGCUCUGGUCUAAGAACAGUUUAACCUCCUCACACACUAACCUUAAAGCAACAGUGCUGGAUCUCUGAAACCACUUCUGAAUAAAUAUCUGGACUGUUUUGUCAAGGUGGAAAACAUUUGCAGUCCAGCUCAAAAGGCUGACCUGCUGUACGUGUCGAUGUCGGUUAAUGUUUGAAAAUAAACCACACCCAGUAUUCAUCCCAUCACGACAGUUCCAUCCCUCCCAGACUGAGUUUGAUUCCCCGGGUGAAUCGUGCCAAACUGUCCCACGACCAGCACUGAGCAAUUCAGUCUUCCUCCAAAAAGGUGGCUACUCGUCCGUGAAGCAAUGGACCAGGGUAACGGGUGUGAUGGUCUUCCACAAACCCCAUUUUUUAGUUUUGUUUUUGUAAAAAUGGUAUUUGGCACUUUAUCUAACACCCCUGUUACAUAUAUGUACAUAAUAAACAUGUAUUUUAAUCUGCUGAUGUCAUAUAAUAAAUAUGAUCAAUGAA